AUGGAUCCUCCACCUGGGUUUUGGGCUGAGAGGGAGUAUGCUGGCAGGGUCUGUCGUCUGCGUAAGUCUCUCUAUGGCCUGAAGCAAUCUCCUCGUGCAUGGUUCCAUCGUUUCAGCUCUGUUAUCCUAUCCAUGGAUUUUAUUCAAUGUCACUCCGACCAUACAUGCUUCAUUCGUCAUCAGCUCAAUGGUCGAUGUAUUAUUUUGUUCGUCUAUGUGGAUGAUAUCAUCCUUACAGGGGAUGACACCAUUGGUAUUGCUAAGGUAAAACAGGAGCUUAGUCUAGUUUUUGACAUCAAGGACUUGGGUUCUCUCAAAUAUUUAUUGGGGAUUAAAGUAGCUCGUUCUUGCAAGAGAUAUCAUUGUCCUAACGAAAGUGAGUCUGGGGAGUUGCUUUCUGAUCCAACUCACUACCAGAGAUUGGUAGGACAUUUGAUCUAUUUGACUAAUACACAACCAGAUUUGACAUUUGCUAUGAGUAUGGUUAGUCAGUUUAUGCAUUCACCUCGUACUGCUCACCUUGAUGCUGUUCACCAUAUCUUGAGAUAUCUCAAGUCAUGUCCAAGUUUGGGUUUAUUCUUCAAUGGUGGGAUUCAGACAGGAUUGUCUUGUUUUACUGAUGUAGACUAUGCAGGUUCAUUAACUGACAGACGUUCUACUUCUGGGGUAUGCACUUUCCUUGGUACCCAUCUUCUGUCAUGGAAAAGCAAAAAACAAGCGGUUGUUUCUCACUCAUCUGCUGAAGCUAAAUACCGCGCCACGACUCAUGGGACAUCCCCCAUAGAUACUCAUAUUUCCAUCCCUUACGGUGACAAUGGGGGUUUGGGCCCAGCUUUUAAAGAGGCUCCACUAGCAGCAAUGUUAAAUCUUUACCCUCACCUUGAAGAUCAUAUGAUGCUCUACCAGCAUCAUCUUUCUUGGAGUUCUUGGACAGGGGCCAAACCCCUUUGA